AUGCCAUUAUUUAAUCGCAAGCGCGCGAGCUCGCAGCCGCCGCUGCCCCGUGGGCCUCCUCCAAGUUCUUCAGCUGCCAUAGCUGCGAGCGCCGCCUUUCUUAACAAGUCUCCCUCGGCUGCCUCUCUAUCCUCGGCCGCUGCCGCCACCGCUCUGCGCUCGCAGACCUCGUCGCCGGAACCAGUCGGUUCCAUCCAGACCAAGCGCAUGGUCAGGAGAGGUUCCCAAUCUUCGGUCGCAGGCAGCGCCAUCAUGGGCGGAAAUGCUAGGAACAGCAUGGUCAGAACAGCUAGCAAUUCGUCCAUGACCGACCGAACCUUCCGAUCGCCCUCGCCUGGUGGCAGACCAAGGGCCGUGUCGCCUGCGCCCGAUGCUCCUCCAGUCCCCGCCAUUCCCAAGAAUGUCGUCAAAACACAAAGAAGGGCUGCCAGUCUGGACGUACCCAAUCGCACUAGUAUGCCUCCCAGCCCAAGCACUCCCAAGAGCCCCAGGAGUGCAAAACGCAACACCAGUGUCGACAGAGCAGGCAGGACGCUCAACUUACCCACAAUGCCUGAGUUGAAGAGGGAAGACAGCUCUGGCGUCAACUUCUCGCGACCCAUGAGUCCUGCUCGCGCCAUUUCUCCUCCUCCCCGUCCAAACUCGAGUGUUGGUUGGUUCACCUCGCCCAAGGUCAGUAAUGGAACUCCUCGCGCGAAUCCCUCACCCGCCAGACCCCAGUCCGCCAUGGACUUUUCUUCCCCAGCAGCGAGGAAGAUACAGCAAGAUGUGCAAAACGCUGCCAGUGCGCCCGUCAAGAAAAAUAAGAAGACUGUUACUGAAGGUGCUCGUCUCGCAAAUGGUACUAUGAAUACAGCUCCUACUGCUUCUGCUGUGCGCAGCGCAACAAAACAAGCUGCUCAGACACAACCCGCGCCCACUCAGUCUGCAGAUGCAACGCCCAAAAAGAAGAAAAAGACAACUGUCGUGCCGCCUGUUGAUACCCAAGCGUCCGCGGGCUCGUCGCUUGCUCCUGUCAACCCCUCUCCGAGCACGGAUGCUUCAAACAGUCCCAGCUCUCCUCGACCCACAGCUAUCUUGCACAAACAACCAUCCAUGGUACGCGAGGAUCCGGAAGCCGAAGCCACUGCUGAAGUUCAAUCCAAACCCAAGCCAAAAUCUACUCCUCUGAAAAAGCAACACAGCCUUCUAAGGUCGCUUCGAGACACAGAUCCAGGAACUGCCUCCGGUAUGAUCACCACAUCCGAGGGACCAGUCCAGGCCUAUGUUGCUCCGGGAGGCACACGUCCAAGAGCUGUCAGCCUGGAUAUUCCCCGAGGCAGUGGUCAGCGUGCUGCUUCCUCGAGCCCUUCGCGCAAUGUGCACGCCCAUUUCGGUGAAGGAAAGGCUUUGACAACCCCACUUAGUGUUAGACAUCAGCCGCCACCUCGAUCUGUCUCGCCCAUGAAAUCGGCACUUAGACAGUCUCCUGCUUCAUCCGUCAGAAACAUUUCUCCCAACGUUGCCGUCAAUGGCGGAGCAAGAGCGCCCCCUAGCGAAACAUCUGACACUAUGUCUUUGGCUUCUCAGGAUGGGAUCAAACCGGCCAAGGCAAAGAAGAGCGUCCGCAUCAGCGAAGAUGGUAGUGCCCCCAUCUCACCUGCUGUUGACCCCAAUGCACGAAGAGAACUUUCAGGAUCAUGGGCCAACGACGACAUUAACGAAAUAAUGAAGCCACGAUCGGCCCUUCCAUCCUUCAGCAGCGUCAGAGGUCGUAAGCCUGAGCAAGUAGAGGCUCCCGAGAAGGUCACCGAGACUGUGUCUUCUAGCAUGACAGACAGUGCGAGCACUUUGCCAGAACACCGCGAGGUGUCAAACGACGAAUUGGUGGGCGCCGUUCUUGCUCAACAUCACGCAGAAAAGGGUCGCCAAAUUGCUGCUCAGUCAACUACCACCGCAAACGAGCCACUACCACCCCAGGUCACCAGCAAGGAGACACCAGCUGACGAUUCGGCUUCGGCCUACUCUGAGGACGAGGCAGGAAUUGAAGCUCAGCGAUCCUCCCAGGCUGAGGAUAUUAUCACCAAAGACGAAACCGUAUCGUCUGCUCACGAGCCUGAAGUCUCGGAACACAACACAGAAGCUCCCGAAGCAAACCCCAUUGAACAAGCUGUACCUAUGCUCGAGUUCCAGCCUCCCACCCCUGGCCUCGAAGAGGAAGCUGAAUCUCCACUAGAAGGAGCAGCUGAGCAAACGACUCAAAGACCUACUCUCAGACAGCGCAAUAGCAUGCCUGGAUCAUGGGAUGGUGAUCAAUGGGAAGAACAAAACCCUGCUGGACUUUCCAGGCAAGCAAUUCGCGAUGCAGCUUUGUUGUCCGAGAAUGACUCGAGCGACGAAGAGAUUGAAACCUUGCAACCUGUACAGGCUUUAGCAGAUGGACACUCGCCCGUGCUGCAGCCCAUCUACGAAUCUGACUCUGACGCGAGCGAAGACUUUGCUGAUGCUGAGGAAGAGUUCGAGCCCAGCGGCUUUGCCUCUCUCGAUGCUAUCGUCGAAAGUCCUGUUACCAAACCUGCAGCGGUUAUUCCUAGCCCUCCUGUCAGCCCACAGGUUGCCCUUCCGCCAUCACGCGGGACCGCGUCAAGCUCAUCUGCUCUUAGUAAUGAGCCAAUCGUGGCUGACAACACCGACUGGAACUCAGCAACUGCCUACUGGAGCAGUCUGAGCAGAAAGAAGAAGGAAGAGCUCGAAGCCGAAGCCGAGGCCGCAAUCGCAGUCCCUGUCAUUGAGUCAGCGCCCAAAGCUAGGAGGAAGAAGCAGCCGGUCAACCAAGUGGACAUUACGAAUCCCACCACAUUUGCACCAGCUGCGGUUGUUACCAAAGAUGAUCCUUUCGACACCAGGGAUCAGCAAUAUGGACCUUUCCCUACAUUGCGCACAUCGAUGCGCAAGUCUGGGGAGUCAGAGCGUACAUCCAGCGAGGGCCAAAUGCGGAAGUCUAUGCGUGGUCCUCCAGCACCUGCUGCUGCUUCAAAUGAAACACACAUGCGUACCUCUAUGCGUGGAUCAGUCCGCUCUGAAGGAGGUUCAAUGAGAAGUUCGAUGCGCGGAGAUGCUGGUGCUAGAACUCCGUCCAAGAGAGCGUCGGCUCCUGUCACGACUAGCAUUCCUGGAGCAGGUUCAGCCGCUGCAGCUGCAGCCAAAUCACAACCAGCGCAACGACCUGCGAAGCCAGUUGUGGCUCCUCUUCCAGCCAACGAUUCGGAUUCCGAGUCGAGCUUCAAGAAGAACAAGCGUCGUGGUUCUGUCUCGACGGUCGAUUCUAUGGGCAAGUACACCAUGAAACGUUCAAUGCGCUCUGGUUCGGUUGAUGCAGGCUCUGCACCAGCUGAACGUGGGCGCCCUACCUCACCACCAGCACAGAAGGGCAGUGGCAGAUUCAGUCUGCGCUCGCUCUCGCCAACAGGCUCUUUCAUGGGUCGUAACCAAGGCGAGAAGCUCCGACAAUCUUUGCGUGGCGCACCUGCCGAUGAUGCACCUACAAUGCGCGGCAAGAAUAGUAGAGCUUCGCGCGAUGCAAAAGCUUCAUCGGGCUUCGGCUUUGGCAAGUCGAAGGCUUCGCCUGCACCAGCACCAAAGACAAGAUCUGGGGGUUUCAGAUCACGAUUUGCUGACAGCGACGAUGAGGAUGAUGCACCUCGAGGAGCAUACCGCAGUCGCUUUGCUGAUUCUGAUGAGGAGGACUCGCCUAUUGGUCCACCCAAGCAUAUGCCAGCCAACCUUGCUCCAGUCCGCGGUAUUCCCAAACGUGGAGGCAAUGACUCUGACUCGACUGACCUCUCUGACUCUGAAGAUGAGGGUCGUAGAGGCAAGAAGAAGGUACCCUCGGGUAGAGCCAGUACCAAGCCUGCCGUGCCCAGUCAGUCAGAUAUUGAUGCAGCAAUGGAAGCUGCUAGACGUAAUGUCGCUGCCAUGAAUGGUGGUCGUGAGCCUGGUGUACCUCAGGCGCCUCCAGUACCAGCAAGCAACACUGCAGUACCAGAAGCACCCUUGACACCUACUAGACGUAAGGGUUUCCUCGGUAGUGUGCUUCGCAGAAACAGUUCUUCUGUCGUACCCAGCUCGCCGGUAGAUUCACAACAACCACGCAGUCCUACCACUCUGCGCAGCCCUAACAAACAGCCCAAGCUACAAAGACGUACAACACCACAGAACUGGCCUCUUCCUGCCGCAGACACCAAUGGCGAUGUCGGCAAUGACGCCAGACCAACAACCAGCGAUGGUGUCCCGACAAUGAAGAAGAGCUUGCGACCAGAAAACAGACGCAGCAUGAGCGGCAACGACCUCAACCGUAUGGCCAACGGAGACACCAUGCAGAGCGAUCGCACCGGCAAGAAGAAGAAGUUCUCAGGCUUGAGAAAGCUCUUUGGCUUAAACGACUGA